AUGACCCAGGGCAAGCUCUCCGUGAACAGCAAACCCCCCAGCUCUGAGGGGCAGGGGGACAAGAAGGACAAUGCCACAGCCCCCCCGGCUCCCCCGUCCUAUGAGGAGGCGACAGCAGGAGAAGGGAUGAAACCCGGGGCUUUCCCUGCCCCGCCCGCCGCCCCGCUCCACCCCAGCUGGGCUUACGUGGAUCCCAGCACCAGCCCCAGCUACGGCAGCGGGGGGUACCCGGGGGACACGGAGCUGCUCACGACCUUCAGCUGGGACGACCGGGACGUGCGCAGGGUGUUCAUCAGGAAGGUUUAUGCCAUCCUGAUGGUCCAGCUCCUGGUCACCGUUGUCAUUGUGGCUUUCUUCACCUUCUGUGAGCCGGUCAAGGGCUACAUCCAGACCCACUCUGCCUGGUACUGGGCUUCCUACGCUGUUUUCUUUGUCACCUACCUGAUCCUCGCCUGCUGCUCGGGGCCCAGGAGAUACUUCCCAUGGAAUCUGAUCCUGCUCAGCAUCUUUACCCUGUCCAUGGCCUAUCUCACUGCGAUGCUCUCCAGUUACUACAACACCAAGUCAGUGCUGCUGUGCCUUGGGAUCACAGCCCUGGUCUGCCUGUCCGUCACCAUCUUCAGCUUCCAGAGCAAGUUUGACUUCACGUCGUACCAGGGCGUUCUCUUCGUGCUGCUCAUGGUGCUGUUCCUGGGGGGCCUGGUCCUGGCUGUCAUUCUGCCCUACCAAUACGUCCCGUGGCUCCACGCCAUCUACGCUCUGCUCGGGGCUGGGAUCUUCACCAUGUUCCUGGCCCUGGACACGCAGAUGCUGAUGGGGAACCGCCGGUACUCGCUGAGCCCUGAGGAAUACAUCUUUGGAGCCCUCAACAUCUACCUGGACAUCAUCUACAUCUUCUCCUUCUUCCUGCAGUUCUUUGGCUCCAGCCAGGAGUGAGGGCAGCAGGGCAGGAUCCUCCCUGUGCUGGCAGAUGUGAGGGGUUCAAUUUAAAAGCAGAGGUGGAAGGGUUCAAAACACCAACCUGACCCAAUCCCUCCCUUCGUGUCCAUGGAAUGCACUGAGGAGCCCCGUGCCCCUCCCGCAGCUUUGUACAUUUGCUGUCAGGCCUUUGUGACCCAGAGAGCAAAGCAGGGCUUGUGUCGUGUCCCUUCUGCUCCCCCUGCUCCUGCCCAACC